AAAGCCUGAUGUGCCACUCAGUACUUUGCUGAUGGCAGAGGGGAUACCACAUGGAAAAAGCCAAUGAGACCUCCCCUGUGAUGGGGUUCAUCCUCCUGGGCCUCUCUGCCCAUCCAAAGCUGGAGAGGACAUUCUUCGUGCUCAUCCUGCUGAUGUACCUGGUGAUCCUGCUGGGCAAUGGGGUCCUCAUCCUGGUGACUAUCCUUGACUCCCGCCUGCACACGCCCAUGUACUUCUUCCUGGGGAACCUCUCCUUCCUAGACAUCUGCUACACAACCUCCUCGGUCCCACUGGUUCUGGACAGCUUCCUGACCUCCAGAAAAACCAUCUCCUUCUCAGCCUGUGCUGUGCAGAUGGCACUCUCCUAUGCCAUGGCAGGAACAGAGUGCCUGCUCCUGAGCAUGAUGGCGUUUGAUCGCUAUGUGGCCAUCUGCAACCCCCUUAGGUACCCUGUGAUCAUGAACAAGGCUGCCUAUGUGCCCAUGGCUGCCAGCUCCUGGGUAGCUGGAAGCACUGCCUCCAUGGUGCAGACAUCCCUCGCAAUGAGGCUGCCCUUCUGUGGAGACAACAUCAUCAACCACUUCACCUGUGAGAUUCUGGCUGUCCUGAAGUUGGCCUGUGUUGAUAUCUCUGUCAAUGUGAUCAGUAUGGGAGUGACCAAUGUGAUCUUCCUGGGGGUCCCAGUUCUGUUCAUCUCUUUCUCCUAUGUCUUCAUAUUAUACUUAAUCAUACAGACAAAUGUAUUAUUUUUAAAAUCUCAGUUCUGGGUUCCCCGGUCCGCAGGCACCACCAAACACUAA